GGAUUCUAUCAUAGAAGAUUUUUAAAUUUUCUGUAUAUGCAAUGAGUUUAAGAGGACAAUAUAAAAUAGUAAAUUUUUAGUUGGAUUGCUGUUACGAAGUAGUAGCUGUAGCUUACGAUUACAGUUUCACACAUUCACAUGGUGACUUAUAAUAAUGCUUUCAGGGAAUACCGAAGAGUUCCGGAGAAAGUUUACUGUUGUACAACAACAGCACUCAGCCCCGCCAACAUUGCCGGUGCCAAAUUUUGCAAUAACGCCCCAAAGAAUUACGGCAUAUGGUCUUCUAGAUGGAGCGCAAGCAAUUCCUUUGCAAGAACCCGAACGUACCUAUGUCUUUCCCGGAGCUGUAAAUAUUGGCGGGGGGCUUGGCAGAGGCGUUAUCGGUAGUAUGGCGACAGGUAUACCUGGCGUGGCUGUGGUAUCUGCGCCUUCCCAUAAUCUCAGCGUUGGUACAACUAGUCGCGGCCAUAUACGAUCUGUAAGCCAUGGCGGUGGUACCAUUUUGGGUCCGAGUGGUCGCCCAAUAAAAUCAGCUAUGAAAGGACAUCAACGCGCUUUUUCGCAAGGUCAAAUUACAGAUUCACCAGGUACGACUGGCCCCUCACGCGGUCAUAGUCGUGUUGGUUCGAAAACAGAUUUUAUCCUUCCACCUGGUCACAAGGAAGAAACUGAAACUCGUGAAUUUGGAGCAUCUGUUACAUCGUCAUCAGGUGGUCGUGGUCAUUCUCGGCAAGCAUCCCGCUCGGAAUCAAUAUACACACUGCGGCGCUCCGAAACACCACCUUGGUGGAAGCGUACAUUAGUUUGUCAAAGUGAGAAGUUCGAUGAACGAAGUUAUCGAAUAGUUAUACCUAAUCAUACAGUUCCACCAAAAACUCCAAAACGCGAUCACCCGAAUGGCGAUUUUGUGGGUAAUAAGAUCCGUACUACAAAAUACACUUUGCUUUCGUUCAUACCAAAAAAUCUACUCGAGCAAUUCCAUCGAGUCGCGAAUUUAUAUUUUAUUUUUAUCGUAUUGCUGAAUUGGUUUCCGGCUAUAAACGCUUUCGGUAAAGAAGUUGCCAUGAUUCCAGUUCUGUUUGUGCUUGGUGUUACAGCAGUUAAGGAUUUAUUCGAAGAUAGACGUCGUCGUUCUUCGGACAAACGAAUUAACAAUACGACAUGUCGUGUUUAUGACAGUGAAACGGAGCGGUAUAAGAAAAUAAAAUGGCAAGAUGUUCGCGUUGGUGACUUAGUUCAUUUAUCGAAUAAUGAAACGGUACCAGCAGACAUAUUACUUUUAAGAACUAGCGACUUGCAUGGCGCCUGUUACAUCGACACUUGCGAUUUAGAUGGUGAAACCAAUCUUAAACGACGAGAAGUUGUUCGGGGUUUCACCGAUAAACAGAAUAUGUUUACCCCGAGCAAAUUCGUGAGCCGUAUUGAAGCUGACGCGCCCACCACCAAACUUUACAGAUUCCAUGGAGCCUUAAUACAUCCGACAGGGGAGCGUGUUCCCAUUGCAACCGAAAACUUGCUUCUAAGGGAGAGCCGCUUGAAGAACACUGAUUUCAUUGAAGGAAUCGUUGUAUAUACAGGUCACGAAACCAAAUCAAUGCUUAACAACAGUGGGCCUCGAUAUAAACGUUCGCAAGUCGAACAGCAGAUGAAUAUUGAUGUGAUAUGGUGUGUGAUAAUUUUACUGAUAUUAUGUAUUGUGGGCGCAGUUGGCUGCAAAAUGUGGUUAAGCUCUUUUGAGCAAUUUCCUGUACCAUAUCUACCUUUUGAUGUUCACCCAAGCUACGAAGGUCUCUUGACUUUUUGGACAUACAUUAUAAUAUUGCAGGUGAUGAUUCCAUUGUCUUUGUAUGUUACUAUUGAAUUAUGCAAAAUUCUGCAAGUAUACCACAUUCACAACAACAUUGACUUGUAUGACGAGGAUACAAAUAAAAAAACAGAAUGCCGUGCGAUGAACAUAACUGAAGAGUUGGGGCAAAUACAGCAUAUAUUUUCAGAUAAGACAGGAACGCUGACUGAAAAUAAAAUGCUAUUUCGACGAUGUGUUGUCAAUGGCAUAGACUAUGGUCAUCCCCCUUCAGAGCUGGAACGAUUGCACUCAAAGCCUGGAAUACCAGCACCACCGGUGAUAACUAAUUCCACAUUAUUAAAUGAUAUGCUAGAGUUGAUAAAUUCUGGUCAGUAUUUGUCAUCAAAUGCCCAAAGGCUACAAGAAUUUCUUUUGGUAAUGGCGAUUUGCAAUACGGUGAUUGUAAGUGCCACACCACAUCAUGAUUUGAUGAAUGCCAGUGGCAUAAUUGAAGUUCAAGGAGCAGCCAACAAUGAUUCAGUAAUGCUAAAAAAUGUAAAAGACAACCAUAUUCCUUUACAACAUAUAACACAAACAGAUUCAUCCCCUACAUCAUUAACUAAAGCUAAUAAUAAUUUAGCAUCUGCUAUACCAAUUGAUCGUUAUACUCGCUUAGCUGAAUCACGUUCAGUAACACCAUCACCACCACCAAACCUUGCCUAUGUUUUGCCAACGCAUACACAUAUUCCAUCGUUAUCCCCAAUAAGCAGCUCAGCAGAGACUACACCUACUUCUGAUUCACCUCCUAUGAAAAUGAAGUCAUUUUCAAAUAGCAUAUCACCGACAGGGCGAGCGAAAGCAGUGAUAAACUCCAAAAUAACUAGCCUUACCUCAUUCUUGAAUGUAAAGGUUCAGGCAAAAAAAUAUACAAACAAGUUAAAUCAAACAAAAAUUCAGCAAUCAUUUAAAACGGCCAACGGUAGACCGUUGUAUGAAGCUGAGAGUCCAGAUGAACUAGCGCUUGUAAAUGCUGCUUAUAGUUAUGACUGCUGUUUAGUCAAUCGAAGUCCAAAUCAUAUACUAGUUAGCAUUCCUAAUUCUGGAAUGGUGGAGUAUGAAGUUCUAAAAAUUUUGCCAUUUGAUUCGAGCCGCAAGUGCAUGUCAAUUGUUGUGCGCCGAACAGGAACACAAGAAAUAGUGCUUUACACAAAGGGCGCUGACAGCUCUAUUAUACCCGUAUUAGUACCGUGCGCUCCAAAUACGACAGAGGGUUUAAUGCGAGAAAAAACUCAACAGCAGUUGGACCGUUAUGCUCGUGACGGUUUGCGUAUAUUAGUUAUGGCAAAACGAACAUUGAAUUCCGCCGAAUAUACAGAAUGGUGGGCACACCACCAAGAAAUUGAAAUGUCGUUGGAGAAUAGAGAACGACGCAUUCGUGAUUCUUUUGCGAAGCUGGAAUGUAAUUUGACAUUACUAGGUGCUACAGGAAUUGAAGAUAGACUUCAAGAUGGUGUUCCGGAAACGUUAGCUGCUCUGAUUUCGGCUGGUAUAUCGGUGUGGGUGUUAACUGGCGAUAAGCCAGAAACGGCAAUAAAUGUUGCUUAUUCUGCAAAACUUUUUACUCAACAGAUGGAGUUAUUGCGUCUAACGGCUCGCUCUCGUGAUGCUGCGGAAAGUGCAAUCAAUUUCUUCUUAGCUGAUUUGGAUACCAGCAAAUCAAUAUAUGAUACUCAUACCCGACUGAAAACACGUGCUUUGGUUGUCGACGGCAAAACUUUGACUUUUAUCCUGGAUUUACGAUCGAAACUUAUAAGACCUUUCCUGAAAUUGGCUAAAAGCUGUGCAUCUGUGUUGUGUUGCCGUUCGACACCUCUUCAGAAAGCAUAUCUUGUUAAAGUGGUAAAAGAAGAGUUGCGUCUAUGUACCUUGGCGAUUGGUGAUGGUGCGAAUGAUGUGUCAAUGAUACAGAUGGCAGAUGUUGGCGUUGGUAUUUCCGGUCAAGAGGGUAUGCAAGCUGUUAUGGCCGCUGAUUUUACGUUAUCACGCUUUCGCUACUUAGAACCUUUAUUGUUAGCUCAUGGAUACUGGUGUUACGAUCGUUUGUCGCGUAUGAUACUUUAUUUCUUCUACAAAAAUGCUGCGUUCGUGUUCCUAAUAUUUUGGUACCAACUAUACUGUGGCUUCUCUGGUUCUGUUAUGAUGGAUCAAAUGUAUCUGAUGUUAUAUAAUUUAAUAUUUACUUCUUUGCCGCCGCUUGCCAUUGGUGUCUACGACAAACGCGUGCCUGAGGAUUUUUUACAACAAAAUUGUUAUUUAUACAAACAUGGUCGUUUGGGUCUUGCUUACAAACCGCAUGAUUUCUGGAUAGUGCUAUCCGAUUCGUUAUACCAAAGUUUAGUGGUAUUUUUCAUUGCCUUAUUCGCCUACGCGGAAAGUGAUGUUGGCAUAUGGGAGUUCGGAGCAACCAUAACAGCUACCUGUUUAUAUACGAACUUAGUUCAUGGUGCACUCGAAAUUAGAUCAUGGACUGUAUUACAUGUGCUCUCUAUUACCAUAAGUCUUGGUUCCUUCUAUGCUUUUUCUAUUAUUUAUAAUGCAACUUGCGUAAACUGUUUUGGACUACCUUCUACUUAUUGGGUAAUAUUUCGCUGUUUAGGCUCUCUAGUGCAUUGGCUUGUGAUACUUAUAUCGACAUUGGUGGCUGUCUUGCCCAGGCUGUUGUUUACGACAAUUAAAAACUCUUUAUUUCCUGACGACAGUGCAGCAGUUUUGUUGCAGAGAAAAAAAGACCGGAGUAGAGGUGAGGGUUUGUUAGUUGCUUGGUCAAGGUCAACAUCAGCUUCAUCAAUUUAUAGAAUCACCGAUUAUGGGUCUAAGAAUCAAAUUAUAACAACUAUUUCUUGAUAAACGCUACCGAAGCAGAUAUUUUAUACGACAAAGAUUAUCAUCGGGACAUUUAAUGCUGAUCAAUUCUUGGAAAACAAGAAAAAAGAGUUAUUGAAAUAAAUUAAUGAUGGUGUGAAAGUGUAAUACUGAUAUAUACAUGGGUGUGACUGAAUUAUUUAAUACAUAUGUAAGUUCAAUAGUAUGUUCUAGGUCCGUUUCUGUUAUUAUGGUAAUAGCCUAAGGCUAUAUUAAAAUUUGUACAUCCGUAUUGAAAGGUCUCCUUAAUAUACAUGUAAAUAUUUGUAUCGUAUUCUAGGGUAAAUAUGUGUAAUACUUAUAUAUUUUUAAAUUAAAUUCAUUUGUAUUAUAACUCCAAUUAUUUUAGUGAAAUAUUAACUAAAAAUAAUUUCUUUCAGUUCUUAGUAUAUUAUAAUGAUGUAUUAUGAAUUAAAUUUCUGGUAUUCCAUUAUAAUUUAUUUUAUUAUGAAUCAUUAUCACGGCUCUGUAGAGUAUUUUCUGACUGAGUCACAAUAUGUUAUCAAUUUAUCUAAAAAAGUAUUUUCAUCAGUUUAUUGUUUUAGUUAUCAACAACAUUUAUGUUAACAUUCCGAAAACUAUGCAGGUUAGGAAAAUUAUAUAUAUAAUGUCAGAAUAUCCUAAAAUUUGAUGAUUUCUUGAAUUUCUAUGUAAUUCUAACUUCUAGUUUGAUUGUUUACUAAUACGAAAUUCAAAUAUUGUGGUUUUUGCGGUUUAUAAUCUUGUUUAAAAAUAUUAAACUUUUACAUGUUCAAUUAAAAUUAAAGUUUUUAUUGCCCUAAUUUUAUAUUACCUUACUUUGCCGUUUUCUGCUCUUAUAUAUAAACAUGGCGAUUUUUAUACUCUUGCAAAAUGUUGCUACAAGAGUAUAAUAUUUUUGUUCAUCUAACUGUUGUUUGUAUCACCU